AUGGUGAUUCAAGUUCUUAAAGCCCUUCUUUUAGGGCUAGGUGCAUUCCAGGCUGUGUCUGCGGAAAGUUCUACAUACACUGAGCUCUACCGCCCUCAGUAUCACUUCACGCCUCCCAAAAACUGGAUGAAUGACCCCAAUGGCCUUUUGUAUCACAAGGGUAUCUACCACCUUUUUUAUCAGUACAACCCUGGUGGCACGACGUGGGGUGCCAUUUCAUGGGGCCAUGCCACCAGCCGGGACUUGACUCAUUGGGAGCAGCAGCCUAUCGCCCUUCUCGCCCGCGGCUACCCGAACAACAUCACUGAGAUGUUUUUCUCCGGAUCUGCAGUCGCUGAUGUUGACAAUACAAGUGGUUUCGGCCACAGUGGCAAGACGCCUUUGGUUGCUAUGUAUACUUCAUAUUACCCUUAUGCCCAGACUUUGCCAAGUGGAAAGAAAGUCCAGGCAAAUCAGCAAGCCCAGUCUAUUGCCUAUAGCCUCGACGAUGGCACGACUUGGACGACAUAUGAUAAAGCAAACCCAGUGAUUUUGGACCCUCCCGCCCAAUAUUCAGAUCAGAUUCUCAACUUUCGUGAUCCUAAUAUCUUCUGGUACAAGCCGACGAAGAAGUGGAUUGCUGUCCUUUCUUUGGCAGAGCUCCACAAGCUUCUGAUUUACACAUCGAAAGAUCUUAAGAACUGGACUCUUGCCAGCGAAUUCGGACCUGUGAAUGCUGUCGGGGGUUUGUUUUCAGGAACCACCCUUCCACCAAGCGACAGUAUUAUCUUUGCAGACUUUGAAGGAACAGAAACAUUUGCCGAUCUUGAUUGGACCCCAACUGGAGACUUAAUCAACCAGUCGCCCACCAACGGCACUGUACCUGGGCAAAACCCUGUAACCGGCUACUUAGGCAAGCGCCUCGUCAAUACAUUCCUAAAUGGGGAUGCCACGACUGGAACACUCACCUCUAAACCCUUCACCAUUGCCAAGAGAUAUAUCAAUUUCCUCAUCAGCGGUGGCUACAACUUGAAUGAUACGGCCAUACACUUGAAGAUAGACGGUCAAAUAAUACGUUCUGCUACCGGCACGAAUAGCGAAAACCUUGUUUGGCAGAGUUGGGAUGUCAGCUCACUACAGAAUCACACUGCCGUGAUUCAGAUUGUUGACUCUGCAACCGGCGGUUGGGGCCAUAUCAAUGUCGACGAAAUCUCCUUCUCGGACUCCGCCGUGCGAAGCCAAGUGGCUAACUGGGUAGACUGGGGCCCAGACUUUUACGCUGCCCAGGCCUACAAUGGACUGGCUUUAGAGAAGCGCCUCGCUAUUGGGUGGAUGAACAAUUGGCAAUACGGUGGACUGAUCCCAACUACUCCAUGGCGCAGUGCAAUGUCGAUCCCCCGAGAAUUCUCACUGACGACGAUCAAUGGAAAAGCCACUCUGGUGCAGGCUCCCACAGAGAGUUGGGGCUCUAUCAUGAGCGGGAAGGGCCUUGAUCGAUCCUUUCUCUCCGUUGACGAAGGCACGAAAUCAAUAGGCUCUGUUGGAAAGGCACUAAAGAUUAAACUGAGUUUCUCUGACCGAGAUCCAGCUGCGGCAGGACUUUCUCAGUUUGGAAUUAUUGUUCGGGCCACCCCAGACCUAAAGCAACAGACACGAGUUGGCUAUGAUUUUGCAACCAAGGAGGUCUUCAUUGAUCGGAGCAGAUCUGGUAAUGUCUCGUUUGAUAGCACAUUCCCAGACACGUAUCACGCUCCCUUGGCGUCUAAUGCUAGAGGCCAAAUUACCCUUCAGAUUUAUGUGGACUGGUCUAGUGUUGAGGUGUUCGGAGGCCAGGGCGAAACUACAAUCAGUACCCAGAUAUUCCCGAGCAAUGGUGCAACAAACGCUGAGAUAUUCUCUAUCGGAGGGAACACUAAGAACGUCCAUGUUGAAAUAAACAAAAUCAUUUCGACAUGGGACAACUAG